AUGGAAACCACCGGAAAAGUGAAGAAGGGUUUCGGAGGAAGGAAAGCCGGUGGCCCAAAGACCAAAUCCGUCUCGAAAUCGAUCAAGGCCGGUCUCCAGUUCCCGGUGGGGAGAAUCACUCGUUUCCUGAAGAAAGGACGAUACGCCCAGAGGCUCGGCGGUGGAGCUCCAGUUUACAUGGCCGCCGUUCUCGAGUACCUCGCCGCCGAAGUUCUGGAGCUUGCUGGUAACGCCGCGAGAGACAACAAGAAAACCAGGAUCAUUCCGAGGCAUCUUCUUCUCGCAAUCAGGAACGAUGAGGAACUAGGGAAACUUCUCAGCGGAGUCACAAUCGCUCACGGUGGUGUGUUGCCCAACAUUAACUCUGUUCUUCUACCUAAGAAGUCUGCUAAAUCGGCUGAGGAAAAGCCAGCCAAGUCACCGGUCAAAUCUCCGAAGAAGGCUUGA